AAACAUUUCUCAACCGGCCGGCCGGCCAUUAUAUCAACCCAUCCACUCUGGGCUACUAGGAAACCAAAAAGCAUGGCAACAUUGGUGGCGUUCUUUGCUCUCUGCUCGCUCGCCGCCGUUACCGCCACCGCCCAUUUCAUGGACACCCCUUUCCUCGUAAAGGGCAAAGUCUACUGCGACACCUGCAACUGCGGCUUUGAGACCACCGCCACCAGAUAUAUCCCCGGAUCAAGGGUCCAGAUUGAGUGCAGAAACAGGGGCACCAACGCCCUGGCCUACACCAUCGAAGGCGUAACUAACUCGGAGGGAGAGUACAGCAUCUUGGUGGAGAGCGAGCGCGGCGGUGACUUCUGCGACGUCGUUCUGAAGCAGAGCUCCGACCCUCUCUGCGACGUUCCCAGCCAAGGACGCGACCGUGCUCGCGUCAUUCUCACUCGCAACAACGGCAUUACCAGCGACGUCCGUUUCGCCAACAGCAUGGGUUUCGAUACUGCCCAACCUUUGCCUAGCUGCCCACAAGUCCUCCAACAGUAUCACUUGAACGACGACAAUUUUUAAUGAACAAUUACUUUUCUUGUUUUCAUCCUAAACUCAUUUGUGGUUGAAGCCGAUGCUUUGUAUAUUUAACGUUGUCAUAUCAAUGUGCACUCUCUUUUGUAUUUGAGUGGCAAUUUAUAUGGUGGAUCAAGAUCUACGGUUCACAAUGAAUUUGUACAAUAUAUAGGAUUUGAUUUUUUUAAGUAUAAAAUUCAGGUUCAUAA